GAAUAUUCAUAAAAAUUGUAGCUCUAAAUAACAAUUUUAUUAUUUUCAAAUAAAUAAGGUUAAUAGAUAAUAUAUGAUUUGAAGCAAGUUAAAAUGUUUAAACGAAUAGAAGUUAACAGACAGAAUGAACAUUCUCUACCUGCCAAACGACCAAAGUAUGACAUAAAGAGAGUAAAUAGUUCUAUAAAUAAUAAAGAGUCAACAAGUAAAAAGCAUGGAAAGUCAGAUGAUGUUUGGGGAGAUGAUUUUGCUGAUGAAGAUAUUGAAGAAAUGGAUUUUGUAGCAACUCAAGCUUGCUUACAGGAAGAUAAUGUUAUAAGUCAACCUAACACAGACCAAAUAUCCCCAUUUAAACAGAGAUAUAAUAGUACACCAUCUACUAGUAGAAAUGUUUCUAAUUUAAAUGGUAAUAAUUAUAAAUUAUCAAAAGCUUCUACAUAUGCAGUACAAUAUAGUAAUCAUAGGAAAGAAGUAGAGAACUUAAAAGAUAUGAGUACUGUAGUUUCUGUUAAUUAUAAAGAAUUUGAAGAUAAAUUAAUGAAUAAAAAAGUAUAUAAUUCAACAUUUAAGUUGGAUGGUAAUGAUAUUUCAGAAUUAGGAUAUACAAAAGAACUGGAAAAGCUAAAACUUGAAAAUAAGAGAUUAUUAGAUGAUUUUAUAACUAAAGAGGGAGAAGCAGUAUUUUUACGAAAUCAAUUGCAGCAAACUCAGUUAAGAGCAGAGAAUGAUAGAUUAGAAAGAACACGUUUUAUUGAAGAACAAGAAACUCGACAUAGGUCAGAAAUUAAUGCCAUUUGUAAAGAGAAGGAAUAUUUAAAGACACAAUUUGAAUUGCAAACAUUUGAAGUAGGAAACUUAAUGGAACGUUGUAAAUUGUUAGAAAGUGGAAGUGUUAAAUUAACAGAACCACAUACUAUAAAUUUAAAUGUUCCUAUGAAUAAAAGCAAAUUUAAUUCACUAAUGAAUCGAUCAUCAGUUUCAAUUACAAAACCAGUAAAAGUCAGAGAAGCUUGUAUACAAACCAACAUGCUGAAUAAAAGUAGUUAUUUUCUUAAAAUAUGGAAUCCAUAUUUUCCUCUUGGAGCAAUUCCGAAUUCAAUAUAUGAUCCUUCGCAAUCGGAGAAGUCUGUAGUUGAUAUCCAAAUUAUAGAGAAAACUGGAAGACGAAAUUUGCCUAUUUUACAAGAGGAAAAUACAUUUAGAAUAUUCGAAAAUCCGGAAUUAGUAAAACCUGUAACGACUAUAAUAGACGAUAAGAAAUUAUCGGUGGAAUUUAUUUUACCGGAAAUAGCUGUUCUUCAGCGAAAAACAAGUUCAGAACUUGAGGCGGAAAAUAUUAUACCGAUAACAAAUAAAUUAGUUUCUACUGCGAGGGAAUUAAUUUUAAAUAUAAUAAUUGUUCUUCAAACAAUUUCACAAGCUAUGAAAAACGACGAUAUUCGAGAUAUGAACGAUAUUUAUUUUUCUGCCUUAUAUUCGAGUUCUGACUUCAAUGGGAAAUGUGUAUGUUCUGCGAAUGCAUGGCACGAAUGCGAACGUGGUGUCGAAACUAGAAGAGUAUUCGGCUUGUUGUCAUACGUAGCUUUGGAAUCGACUUACCUCAGCAAGUAUAUUGCAGGAAAAACACGUUUACUCGUAGAAAGGGACGAAUCUUAUAAGCUUUACUCAUGUCAAAUGGUUCGCUAUAAUACAUGGUCGGAAAAAGAUCAUGAGUUUGAGAUGCUUAAGAUGAUAUUGCAUUUCGUUGUUUUAGUUGGAACUACGGUAAUGUCUCAUCAAUUUAGUGGUCUUAUAUGUGCAAUUAUGAUGGUUGUUUACAAUGUACAUAAAAAAGUCGAUUACUGUUCUGAAGGACUGGAAUAUAUUUACCAGAUAUUUAAGGAAAUAGUAUUCUGUAGACCUUUACCAUAUUGUUACUCUUUAGUCAGCAGUUUAAUGAUGAUUUUUGUGAAGUCUACAACGUAUUUAAAGAAACUUUGUAUUAAUUCACAAUCAAUGGCGGUGAACAACUGGAAGGGUUCUUUACAUUUUACUCCAGAUGCCUGUCCGCUGCAAAUUUUUUUAGCACAGGUGGAAAAUCAUCAGUUCGAUCUACUAGCUGCAAUAGACAUUACAGAUGUAUUGUUACAAUUUGUACAAUAUAUAUUACACACGGAUAUUAUUCCUUUGAGAUCAGAAACCUUGAAUUCUUGUAAUUGUUGCAUGAAGUUAUUAAGAUUCACUAUUAAAACACUGUGUAAAUGUUCUGAGGCAAAUCUAGAAGUCAGUGGAAACUUUAAUAUAAACAGUUUUCUUGUGCGAAAGACAGAUUUUUGCAAUUUGAAAAGCAUUUGUGCCAAACACUCGUCGUUUAACACAGCGACCAGCAAGAUGUGUAUACGUGAAAUAUAUCAAGAUAAGUUUUCAGACGAAGACACUUGGUCAAUUAUGAAGAGGAAACAGUCAAAAGUACUGAGAGCCGGAAUAAGAUUCUUGUCUCACUUAGCAAUAUGUGAUCCCGAUUUUGUAAUUCGAUUGUCGGAUAUCGAAGAUUCAUUCCAUUUAUUCAUGAAGAAUUUAAGUGCCUUCGAUAACUUUGUUCUUCAUGAAAAUGAACAAGAAGCUAUGAAUCGAAUAAAACAAACAUUUAUUUUUGACAAAAUGCCACAAUCGCAAACCGAGCAAUUCGGAACAGGUGUCCCUAUAAAGCAGUUAGACAUGAUGUCAAAUUUCGAGAAAUCUGUUGUUCAACCAUCUUCGACGAAACCCAAAAAGAGCGAGAAUCAUAACAAAUUUUUGGUCACGAUGAAAUCGCUAUUUAAUAGCAAAUUAGAUGUCUCCAAUCAUUAAAAAUCUGAAACUGGUGUUGUAUCAUAACACCGGUAUCGUCAAAUCAAUCGAAUACAUACCCAUUGAAAACCGAAACUUAAAAUUCCAGAUUCUCGGAUGUUAGUAAUUUCUUGUACAUAUUGCUUUAUAAUUUAUCUGAAAAUUUGUUAAUAAAUAUCGCGUUUUACAAUAAAUACGA